AUGGCAAUCAUGCUUGGUCAGGCACUGCUAUGAAAUAACCCUGAGAGGGCACUGCUGUGGCAUUGUACAGUGACAGAGCAAUGCUAGUGGACAGGGCAAUGCUGACAUCCACACUGGCUGGGAAUCACAAUGUAAAAGGUUCCCAGGAGUGAUGUAAUAUGAGUUGAAUAGAGGUUUUCCCAAUACUUGCAUCCUUUGGUGAGGAAAUGAGGCGUUUUAUGAGAGAGACUCUGACGCAAUCCAGAGAUAGCAGAAUGGGACGAGAUGCUCUUACAGCUUCUUCAGUCAUUAACAUGCGUGAACCUCAGAUCAAGAAUGAAGAAGAAAGUGAAGAUGAAAACCAGAUGGACGAGUCUGACAGUCAGACCCGGCACAUGCCCAUCCGCAGGAACUCUCGAUUCUACAGAUCCAUGAGGGUACGGAACAGGCAUCGGAGGGACAGACUGAGCAGCAGGGAAGGAAUGGAAAUUGAUAACCAAACUACAGCCCAACAGACAUAUGAUGGCUCCAGAAGUAUUCAUCUCAGUGUGCACUACAACCCCACUACAGGCCCUGCAGGGUACAGGGAAUAUUUGCCAAGUGAAGACACAAGCAAUCCCCAUGAAGACAGUUCGUCCCCUUCUGAGUGUGCCACUUCUAAUUCAGAGGCACCACCAACUAUUUACCCCUUGCCCUCAGAUUCCUUUAAAACCAUUAUUGACCACAUAGAGUUCCUUUACCAGGAAUACAGAGAUAAAUCUACACAGCAUGAGAUUGAGACUCGAAGGCUACAGGAUAAUUAUGUACAAUCUGCUGAGACCUCCAACAACUCUCAGAACACACCUUUGGGCUCCCCGCCACCGAUCGAGAAUCAAAGGGCAAACUCUACAUUUAGCCGGUUCGAGAGCUCCUGUUCUGGAUUUAACUUGUGGCAGGACCUCCCGGACGUCAGGAAAAGUGGAGUGCUGGCUCUGUUGCAGCCCGAAGAAGUUAAACUCCAGGAGGCCAUGUUUGAGCUGUUGACCUCUGAAGCCUCGUACUACAAGAGCCUUCGCUUGGUGGUAUCUCACUUCAUGGACAGUGAGCGACUGCGAGCGUCACUGCACCAGUCAGAGAUUCACUUCAUCUUCUCAAAUGUAUUGGAGGUUCUGGCCACUAGUGAGAGGUUCCUCCUGGCCCUGGAGCAACGGUUUGAGGAAAACAUUGUGAUAUCAGAUGUGUGUGACAUCGUUUAUGAGCAUGCUGAGAAACAUUUUGUCGUUUAUGUCACCUACGUGUGCAAUCAGACCUAUCAGGAGAGAGCGUAUAGAAAGCUCCUUCAGGAGAGGCCAGAAUUCCGAGAAUCGGUGGGACAUUUGGAGACAGAUCCUGUAUGCCGUGGGCUUCCUUUUUCAUCAUUUCUCAUCCUUCCAUUCCAGAGGAUCACACGACUCAAGCUUCUGGUGCAGAAUAUCCUGACCAAGGUGGAAGAAGGCUCAGAGCGAGAAGUGUCAGCUCUACAGGCACACCGGGAGCUGGAGAAGUUAGUGCGUGCCUGCAAUGACGGGGUGAGGAAGAUGAGCCGCACAGAGCAGCUGAUCAGCAUAGAGAAGACGCUUGAGUUUAAGAUUAAGUCUGUCCCCAUCAUUUCACACUCACGCUGGCUAAUGAAGCAGGGAGAGCUACAGCAGAUGUCAGGGCCACGUACGUCCCGCACUCUACGCACUAAGAAGCUUUUCCGCCCAGUCUAUCUCUUCCUAUUCAAUGACCUUCUCCUGAUGUGCAAGCCUCUCACAGGGGAACGAUAUCAGGUGUUUGAUGUGGCUGCUCGGGGUCUGCUGCGUGUAGAGGAGCUGGAGGAUCAGGGCCAGACACUGGCCAAUGUCUUCAUUCUGAAGCUUCUGGAGAAUGCACAUGAAAGGGAAUUCACCUACAUGCUAAAGGCCACCUCCCAGAGUGAGAUGAAGCGCUGGAUGACAUCACUGGUUCCAAACCGAAGAACCAAGUUUGUCUCAAUGUCCGCAAAGCUUCUGGACUGCCCUCAGGUACAGUGUGUCCAUCCGUACGUUUCCCAGGAGCCAGAUGAGCUGUCGCUAGACCUUGCCGAUAUUCUCAACGUCCUGGAUAAAACGGAAGACGGUUGGGUUUUCGGAGAGCGUUUGCAUGACCAGGAGAAAGGCUGGUUCCCCCGCACCGUUGUAGAAGAAAUACUGAACCCCAAUAUCCGGACACAGAACCUCAAGGAAUGUUUUCGGGUGCACAAACCUGAGGAAGGCAGCCAGAACAAAGACCGACGGAAGAUGGGAAGCAGAACACGGCAGUGACCCCCCGAUUAAGGGACAAGCCCCCAGGGCAGCAUGCACAGGGCAGAGGAUCAGUCUGCAGCACAACGCAAAUAUUCUAUAGAGAUAUAUGUACAUGAUAUACAUCCAGCAUUGUGUUACUGAUGUACAGCAAAUGGCAUUGUGAUUCUAGCAAGGAUGCCCUCUGCAGCCCAGUGUGUGAAUGACAGUGUAUAAGCAGAGUUCAGAAUGGACACGGAUAUAUAUAUAUCUAUAUAUGGAGGGGCAGUGGGACACAGGCAAAUGUACAGUAUGUGUAGUGUUUUAUGCCAUCAGCUGUGGAAAAAAAAAAAGAUUUAAUUGGUGGAGAAGAUUUACAGUAUUUGUCUGUGAACAUUCAAGUAAGCAAACAUUUUGCAGGUGGGGUCCCUUGUUUGUUUGGAUCUGUUUCGUUAUGGACAACGGGCUUGUGCCGGCCAUUCUGCCCAUUCCCUCCGUGGGCCGGAAUAAAAGAAUGACGUCGUAAGAACAGAAUCUUUAUUUAUGGGAAUGACGUGAAUCCAAAUAAAUGUCGACAGAUUGUAAAGA